UAGCAAUCAACAUUCGUGACGGUUUCUGAAAUCUGAAUUUAUAGGUUACAAUAAGUUGUAAAUAAACAAAUUUGAAACGUUUUUAAAAAUAAUAACACGAUGAGUAGCAAACCAAACUCAAAACGUACAAUCUACGUUGGUGGAUUAGCUGAGGAAGUAGAUGAGAAAGUUUUACAUGCCGCUUUUAUUCCGUUUGGCGAUCUUGUUGAUGUGCAAAUACCAUUGGAUUAUGAAACUGAAAAGCACAGAGGUUUCGCGUUCAUAGAGUUCGAAAAUGCUGAGGAUGCAGCUGCCGCUAUCGAUAACAUGAAUGACUCAGAAUUAUUUGGUCGAACAGUAAGAGUGAAUGUUGCGGCACCUCAGAGAAUAAAGGAAGGAUCCACAAGACCUGUGUGGUCAGAAGACAGUUGGUUACAGAAGCAUGCUGGUGAGACCCUGGGCGUCGGUAAAGAUACUGAGGAUAAUACAAAUGAAGGAAAGACGGACACUGUUACAUCAAUCGCACCAAAGGUAACGGAAAAGAAGAAUCCGCAAGUAUACUUUGAUAUAUGUGUUGGUAAGCAAGAGAUUGGUCGAAUAAUAAUGAUGCUUCGAGCAGAUAUUGUUCCCAAGACUGCAGAAAACUUCAGGGUGCUAUGUACGCAUGAAAAGGGGUUUGGAUAUCAGGGUAGCGGCUUUCACAGGAUCAUUCCAGAUUUUAUGUGUCAAGGUGGAGAUUUUACCAAUCACAAUGGGACGGGAGGGAAGUCAAUAUAUGGGAGGAAAUUUGAAGACGAGAAUUUCACAUUAAAACACACUGGCCCUGGUAUAUUGAGUAUGGCGAACUCUGGGCCUAAUACAAAUGGAUCACAAUUCUUCCUUUGCACAGCUAAAACGGAAUGGCUGGACGGAAAGCACGUGGUGUUUGGCCACGUGAUCUCCGGAUUGGAUGUUUUGAAGAAGAUGGAGCGAUAUGGGAGCAAGGGUGGCACUACGUCGGCUAAAGUUACUAUAAGCAAUUGUGGAGAAUUACAAUAGUUUUUAUUCAA